CAGGUCACGUGACGCGCACAUAGUGUUCCUGGCUACGCGGAAGUAUGGCGCCCGGUGCAUUUGUUUGUUUUAUAAGUCUCUCCGUUCUCGGUUUAGUCAAUUUAACGCCGUUAGUUCUGCUCGAAGAGGAGUACCGCUUCAAAGAAUGGAUGUCAGAGCACAACAAAGUGUAUGAAAUUGAGGAGUAUUACCACCGGCUUCAGAUAUUCACUGAGAACAAGAGGAAUAUCGAUCGUCACAAUGCUGGGAAUCACUCCUUCACAAUGGGGCUGAAUCAGUUCUCGGACAUGACAUCUGAGGAAUUCAGGAAGUCCGUCCUUUUGACUGAGCCUCAGAACUGCUCAGCCACUAAAGGCAGCCAUGUCAGCAGGAAUGGCCCUUACCCUGAAUUUGUGGACUGGAGAAAAAGAGGAAACUUUGUGUCUCCUGUGAAGAACCAGGGUCACUGUGGAAGCUGCUGGACUUUCUCCACCACUGGCUGCUUGGAGUCAGUCACUGCUAUCGCUACCGGGAAGCUAUUACUUCUGUCUGAACAGCAGCUGAUUGACUGUGCCCAAGACUUCAAUAACCAUGGAUGCAUGGGUGGGCUCCCCAGCCAGGCAUUUGAGUACAUCAAAUACAACAAUGGGCUUAUGACAGAAGAUGACUAUCCCUACAAAGGCCAUGAUGACACUUGCCAUUUCAAGUCAACACUGGCAGCUGCUUUUGUCAAAGAUGUUGUUAACAUAACAAGUUAUGAUGAAAACGGCAUGGUUGACGCUGUGGCCAGGCUCAACCCUGUCAGCUUUGGAUACCAAGUCACAGCAGAUUUUAUGCACUACAAGGAAGGUGUUUAUACCAGCACCCGGUGUAAAAACACUACAGACAUGGUGAAUCAUGCAGUCCUAGCUGUGGGUUAUGGUGCCACUGAGAACGGCAUGCCAUAUUGGAUUGUAAAGAACUCUUGGGGCACAGCCUGGGGAAUGGAGGGAUAUUUUUUGAUUGAGCGAGGGAAGAACAUGUGCGGACUGGCUGCAUGCUCCUCCUACCCUCUGCCUUUGUUUUGAGCAACACGUCAGCAAAGAAGAACAUUGAUGAACGGGAAAAUCUUGCUCACAAGCAGCGUAAAUAGAGUAAUGAUGUCUGAUACUUGAAUGGGAACUUGAUGGUUUUGGCAUUAGUGUUUUUACAUUUCCUCAAGUGUAUUUACUGGAUCUAUUUUAUUAUAGAGACUUGUAUAAAUUAAGGGCUACUAAAGCAUUUUGUGGAAAUGAUUUCACAACAUUGAAUUAGCAUCUGAAACUUCAAAACACACAGCAUAAAACCAAAUACAGAAAAUGUCAUGUUGAACUAACACCCAUCUUCAAGUAAUUUUUCUGAGAAUAUUUUUAUUUUCUCAAAUUUAUUUAUAACCAAAUACCAUAAACCCAAGUUUGUUUUACUUAAAAGGAGACAGAUUUUUUAAAAGUUAGAUUAUUAAAAUAUUUUAUUGACCCCUAUCUCUCAAUACACACAGUCCAUAUUGUGACAUGUUAGGCACUCCAAUUAUAUUGCCUUAUUUAUUCAACUGAAGUAGGAAGCUUUAUCCUCUUGGGUCCAAACUGGGUGUAAUAUCAAUGUAUGCACACAUCAGCUGUCAGCUGCACACAUAUUAUGUGUGCGAAUCCAAAUAAAGGUUGAAUGAAUGAAUAUUAUAUUAAAUCCUAUGUGAAGCAGUCCUAAUGUUCUCAUGAAGCCUUUAAUUAAUAGUCAAAAUUUGUUCGCAUGUGAAUGGCAUAUAUUAUAUUUUAAAAUAUGUUGGACUAGUAAAGACCUGAAGAAGGGAGACCUGAGAUAUUAUUCACUUUUUUGACUGCCGCCUUUUUAUCUGUGAACCCUACUUUGCUGCUUUGGGCGGAGCAAUCUUUUCAUUUUCAGAACACCUAGAAGUGUUCUUGUCAUCUCAUUUGUGUGAUACAUAUGUACAGUGUUUGUUUGUGUGUUUAUGAAUGUGUGUGAUGCACAGCAACAAGGGGGUGCAGACCACAGCGCCUGCUCCAGACACAACGGGUGAGGGCGUCUGAAAAGCCAGUUUGCACUGCAAAGUGCAGAGUUGAAAAGGAACUUGUAAUAAGCCAGUGCUAUCCACUCCUCUUAAUAAAAUUACAGUUAAAAGUGA